GUCUCCCGCAAAAAGGAAGCGUCGCUAAUUUUGCGUCAUCAGUCGGUCAUGUAGCUAGCUAGCAACACAUCGCAGCGGAGACAGCUUGGGAUGGCGGGAGAGAGGAGCGGAGAGGACAUAGUUUCAGAGUACCUGGGCCAGAACCCACAGCUGGCCCAGUGGGUCGACACACUCAGGACCUACUGUGAGACCAACAAACAGUGGGUUGCUCGCAGAGAGUUCAUCCUGAGGAACAUGGAGGCAUUUCCCACCAUGGAGGUGGGGGUUCCCAGCAGUAGUCUGGACCGCCUGCUGUCUCUGUCCAUGGUCUGGGUCAAUCACGUGUUCCUCGGCUGCAGCUAUCCACAGGCUGUGAUGGACAAGAUCACCGCGAUGGGUGAGGGGAUAGUUGUCCAAGGUGCUCCUGUUCACAAAACGAUGAAAGAAAUCAUGACCAGAGGAAAGCGGAGCGCACCUGAGAGUGACGCUGACAGCUGUGCGAAAAGAGCCAAACUUGGACCUAAUGAGGCUGACGGUCGACCUACUGGAAGGACGAACACCCGGACUGCGACUCAGAAGUCUGGACCUCCUCCUCAGGCUCCAGCAGAGCAGCAGCCCUUCUUCAACCGCCUCUACAAGGCCGUGGCAUGGAAGCUGGUAUCGGCAGGCGGCUUCGGCCCCAACUUGGACCAUUUUGAAAUCCUCCGCAGCUGCGUGGAGUCGUGCAAACAAACCCUGUGCUGCGUGUUUGUGCCGCUGAAGGACAUCACAGGCCUCCCAGCAGGUCGCACUCAGAAGGAAGGCCACGUGUGCGAAAUCCGCUGUCAGACUGUCUACAUGGGCACCGGAUACGGCCGCGAUGAGCCCGCCGCCAGAGCCAUGGCUUCCAAAGAGGCCCUCAAAGUCUUUCAGGGGCGAAAAGUGACUGUAAAGAUCUGCAGGCGGAGGUACAAAGGGAAGGACGUGGAGGAUUUGAUGCUGUUGGACGAGCAGCCUCGGAGUCAGGGCUUUCCUCCGGCGCUCAGCUACCCUUUUCAGGACGAGCAGCUGGAAGACAGUUCCUCGUAGAGAAGCCGGACUGCUGGACCAUCAACAAGAGCUACUGAAGGCAUUCAUGAGCGUCGGGACCAGUCUGUUAUGCAGCUGACCAUCAAACCGGAGAUUCAUUGCGUAACGUAGUGCAUUAACCGUCAUGAUUCAUUUCCCUCAAUACUCUGGUAUCCGUAGAUCUGUGCUAGAUCAAAGCAACAGGAAAACAAACUUAGUCUUCAAAUCUGCAAAAAAUUUAUUACACUGUUUGUUUCAGUUUGACAGAGUUUUAUAGACGGCAAAGUGUGGAGUUGGAGCAUGUGCCAUCCUUUUCAAGUCAAGCAGCUCUACUGCCUGGAAGAGAAACAGUUGAACAGCUAAAAUGAAGAAUGAUAACGAUAAAAAGCCACCUUGGAGAACAUUUUUCAUUAUUAUGAUGUGGCUAUUUAUCCCGACAAAAAUAACAAAUGUGUGUUUCGGCCGUUACCUCAUAUUAGAGGUAGCGUAGUUAUAGUUUUGCUCUUUCCUGCCGUGACCUGUUGUGUUUUGUCCACACAUGAAAUGACUUUCCAGCUGUUGACUUACAAGGGAACUCGUGUUUUACAGAUUUGCUAAGCAGUCUAAACUAAUACAGUAACUUUUUUCUAAACACGACAGGCUUGAUUUUAGUGUUUAUACCAGCUGAGAACAUAAAAACAGCGGAUUAGAACACAUAAAUCCAGAUUUCAUUUUGUUAUUGAGGUUUUUUGAAGCAUAAAUAUCAGAUAUCGGCUUUUUUUUCCGAAUUGUUCCCAGUAACCGUUGAAUUUUCAGGUUGUUUCUCGUUAAAGCUUGUAUCUGCAUUCCCUAAUGACCUGCACUUUAGUUGUUCUAGAGCAGGGCUGAAUGUUGCCGAAGUUUUUGGUGCCACUCAAGUUUGACUGUCUUUUUUUAUGAGUAUUUAGUCAAAAUUAAAUAACUUAAAAAACAAAGUGUCUCUAAGUUUAAAAAAACAAACUUCUCCAAACACAAUUACUAUGAUGGCUGAUCACAGUAAUACUACAAGGAAUGAAGGUUUUUUUUCUUAGUUCAUUCAGAGAGAAGCUGGCUGGUUACAGUACUCAUUUUACUGUACACAGAAGAAAUAAAUGCUACUGCUUUUUUUUAUUUUUUAAUUUGACUGAUUAAGAAACACUGAGAGCCACACUGUUUAAAAUACUGGGGUGUUCAUAUUAAUUGAUUACCGUAACUGAAUCAGUGUGUACAUUUCUGAUGUAUUUGAGGUUAAAGUGCUGCUGUGAAGUGUGAUUUGUGUUUCUCUUUUUUUUUUUUUUUUUUUUUGGUUAUCCAAACUGGGUUGAAGUUGCAUUAAAGUGUGAGUAUCUACGCUGUUCCAUGUUACGUUUACACCAGUGGUCCUGUUUCUAUCUAUUUUUAAAUAAAGUAAAUUUAACCUAGAAAA